AAGGUGUGCUUUGCUGACCUCAAGCAUCCCUGCUACAAAAUGGCCUACUUCCACGAACUGUCCAGCCGCGUGAGCUUUCAGGAGGCACGCCUGGCUUGUGAGAGCGAGGGGGGGGCCCUCCUCAGCCUGGAGAAUGAAGCAGAACAGAAGUUAAUAGAAAGUAUGUUGCAAAACCUGACAAAACCAGGAACAGGGAUUUCUGAUGGUGAUUUCUGGAUAGGGCUUUGGCGAAACGGAGAGGGGCAAACAUCUGGUGCCUGCCCAGAUCUCUACCAGUGGUCUGAUGGAAGCAGUUCCCAGUACCGAAACUGGUAUACUGAUGAACCUUCCUGUGGAAGUGAAAAGUGUGUUGUGAUGUAUCAUCAACCAACAGCCAAUCCAGGCCUGGGGGGGCCCUACCUUUACCAGUGGAAUGAUGACAGGUGCAACAUGAAGCACAAUUACAUCUGCAAGUAUGAACCAGAGAUCAUUCCAACUUCUCCUGUAGAAAAGACGUAUUUUACAAAUCAGCCAGGAGAUACCCAUCAAAAUGUGGUUGUUACUGAAGCAGGCAUAAUUCCCAAUCUAAUCUAUGUUGUUAUACCAACGAUCCCACUGCUUUUAUUGAUACUGGUCGCUUUUGGAACCUGCUGUUUCCAGAUGCUGCAUAAAAGUAAAGGAAGAACAAAAACUAGCCCAAACCAGUCCACCCUGUGGAUUUCAAAAAGCACCAGAAAAGAAAGUGGCAUGGAAGUAUAAGAAUCCAUCGACUUGGCUCCAGCACAGAAAAUAGAAUUUUAGAAUUCUGGAUCUGCAUAAGGAAUGGCAUCUAGAACAUUCGCUUGGAAUGGCUUGAAAUCUCAGAGGAUCUGCAAGAUGAACUGUAAGCUCCCCCUUGAGGCAAAUAUUAAAAUAAUUUUUAUAUGUUGGUUAUUUCAUUUACAAAAUACGCUGUGCUGACAAUGGAGUGAGACAUGCUUAUUGCUAAAGGAUGCACCCAAACUUCAAGUAAAUGGAAUGGACCAUGCAAAUAAAAUUGCUGUCAACACAUUAGAGAAGUGUAUGUGUUGGAAGCAGUUAUUUUUGUUUCUUUCACCUUUCAUAAGUUGUAAUCUAGUUCACGUAAUGUAAAUUGUAUUAAAGUUUACAGUGUGCAAAAAUAUUUUACCUUUACAUAAGUGUUUGAUAGAAAUGGACUGUUCUAAUAUUUAUUUUUAUGGUGUUUCAUUUUUCAAUACAUGCUGUUUUGAUUAAAGAAAUUUAUCACUAUUUUCAGCUGAAUCCACACACACAUAGAUAAAUUACCACAGAAAAUGUUUCUUUUCUAGAAAUGGUUCAUCUUCUUUCAGUUUCUCUGCUCUGGGGUCAGACAGUGUUUAGGAAAUGUCUUCAGAAAUAAGAAGCUAUUUCAUUAACUGUGGUGUAAAUUUACUCAAAUAUUUUACUUAGAGGCAAGAACUGUCUAAUUUCAAUUGUGCAAGACAUGUGCCUUACAAUUAUUUUUAGUUUAAAAUUCAACAGAUUUUGUAAUAACUUUGUUAAUAGCUGUAUAAACAAUAUUAUACUCCGUCUAGAACAAAAAAAUGGCAUACACAAUAUAAAUCAUAUGUCUUCACAUGUUGCCUAUAUAACCACAAGUAGCUCUCUAAGGGGUUCUGGAAUCGAGUUGGUCCUUCCCUUGCCCACAAAACAAAGACAGUUGUUUGGGGGUGGGGAUUAGCAGUGAAAGCAGCUGCAGAGUGUGCCUAAGGUUUUCCAUAGCUCUGUUCAGCCUCCAUUAGCAUGUAAGGUGGUCUUAUGGUUGGGACCAGGUGCGUCGUCACCACCGUCCAUGUGGAGGUAAGCACAGCACACCGACAUUUCAUGAAGGAGAGAAACUAUGAUUUAGUGUGAAAAUGGGUUGGAGGGCAUCAGUGAUCAAUCGUGUUCGUGUUGAGGAUUCGUCUGAGAGAGUGAACUGCGGCUUGUCUUCUGCUAGUUUCUUCAAUGCUUGUGUCUCCUUCUCAAGAGACUUGUAACUAUCUGGUCUUCAAAUGUCCCUGUGUUCCUUUUAACUAAAUAAAAAGUUCUUG